AUGGAAGAUAGCAUGGACUCUACUUCAGAUGACGACAAAGGAAUAGAACUGUACAGACAGUUAUCAGAAUUGUGGGAAAGAGCUGGAAUGCAUGCGAGAAAAUGGCUAUCGAAUUCCCCAAAGGUGCUGGAGCAAAUACCRGUCGAUGACAGAGGCUCCGAAGUAGACUUAGACCAAGGCCAUCUACCAUCGGUAAAGACGCUUGGGGUACUGUGGGUAGCUGAGGAAGACAUGUUCACCUACAAGGCACAACCACCAGGAAAGGAAUUCAAGUUUACAAAGCGGAAUGUUCUCAAGAGUAUCGCAACACUCUUUGAUCCCUUGGGUCUUCUAGCACCAUACAUCGUUCGMGCCAAAAUCAUUCUUCAGGAAAUGUGGACCACCGGGAUAGACUGGGAUGAACAGAUGAAAGAGGAACAAGCAAAAAAGGCAAGACAAUGGUUCCAAGAKUUAGAGUCCCUACAGUGCGUAAGUUUACAUUCGUUUGCCGACGCUUCMACAGCGGCGUAUGGAGCAGUGGUGUACRCAAGAAGUGAGUACAAAAGUGGGAUCGUUACUGUACGAAUGGUGGCAUCGAAAUCAAAGGUCGMACCGCUUACAGCCAUGAGUAUAGGACGUCUUGAGUUGAUGGGGGCAGUGUUGGGAUUGAGGUUGAGUAUGUCAAUAGCCAAGGCAUUAGACAUUGAUCCAAGCUUAACCACGYAUUGGUCAGACAGUAUGAACGUGCUUUGGUGGAUACACCGACCAAGCAGAGUCUUCAAGUCAUUUGUAGCAAACCAAAUCGGAGAGAUCCAAUCAUCAAGUAACCCUAACCAAUGGAGAUACGUGCCAACCGAUGACAAUCCAGUGCAUUUUGUCACGAAAGGAUUAACAGUUCCAGAACUUGCUGAAAAGAUUUCAUGGUGGGAARGACCGAGUUACCUCAAAGAGAAACCAUCAGACUGGCCAAUAAACAAGAUCCCACAUGCCAGUGCAUGUGAUACAGAAGUAAGGAAAACAAAAAGGUGCCAGGUAGACACCUGCGAUAAAAGAGGCAGAACGAUGCUGGUUAUCAAAGGAGACGACGAACCGCGCUUAGAAACAAAACGUUUUUCGAGCUGGUUGAGACUAACCAGAAUCCAAGCAUGGAUUUACCGYUUCCUGAACCACUGCUUACUUCCAAGCAGUAAACGAACAAGGAAUGAGCUGACUGUCAAGGAAAWCCAGGAUGCUGAGAACAGGAUUAUAAAAGCAGGACAGAAAAGGGCGUUUGAAGCAGAGUAUUCAGCAUUAUCCUCUGGAAAACCACUUCCCAUCACCAGCAAGUUACUUACGUUAAAGCCAAGACUGCACGACRACGGUGUGAUGAGGUCAAAUGGCCGAUUAGAGAAUGCCGAGCACUUACCAUACGAUGUCAAAUACUGA